GCGUUGAGCACGAGAAUGUCAUAUGACAACGGUAACUUUAGUUUUUGUCAUUAGCGUAUGUAAUUUGAUCCUUUUGAGUAUCCGUAGUCCUGUGUUUACAUGUGUAGCGAACCAUGUUAGCUAGCUACGAUAGCCGUAAGCAACACAUUACUCGUUUCGAAUGAGUGAGUGACACGUGUGUCCAGGCACAUGCUCCUUUAAGUCAGCUUGCCUGCUGUCUUAGCCAUACUAUCGAUGUUAUAGCUAGUUAGCGAGCUAACUUGAAUUUGACUUAUUUCAACAGGUGGCAGGCGCUAGCUAAAGAUAGCUAGCACGUAAGACUGAAUCCCAUGGCCUGAUCACAUGUGAGUAAGCUGUCUUGCGCACAAAUGCUAUAAAUAUGUAGCUAGCUAACUGGUGAAUCUCGUUUAGAUUUUCAUGCUAGGACUUCAGUUAUUUAAAUCAUUUAGAGGGAUUUGUCUGCUUCAAAGAGUGCUUGUAGCUAAAAACAUCAAUGUGCGAACUGCACAAGGUGCCUCGCUGAAUUUYAUCAAAGCUCGUCAAAACAGUUGCUACGUUUCUGUGUUACCUCAAGGUCAGGUAAACUUAAUUGAAAUGCAGCCGGUCACUUUGACUGAUUAUGCUGUCGAGCUUGAGACAAACAGCAUUGAACAUGGCAACGACCACCUGCUGUCACCUGCACAUGAUGCAUCAACCGAUCCAGUUGCUGCUGAGGAGAGUCACUUGCAUUGCAAUGUGAAGGAGCUCAUUGCCCCUGAACAUGAAAUAGUGAAGAGGAUCAAGAAGAGACCCAAAAAGCCACGUGGAAGGAAACAGAAGUCUAAGUCAUCUGAAUGUUCUGACAAUCUUAUGUCCGAACUUCCAUUUGCAAGUACAGCAAUAUGGAAGGACCUCGGCUUUACCAAGCCAGAGGCCAAAUUGAAAAAUAAACGAAAGAGAGGUGCAAGUGGUCGGGUAGAAAGUGAAGAGGAUGCAGAUACAAAGAAAAAGAAGAAGGAAACACAACGCCCAAACUACUUUGUUUCAAUACCCAUCACAAAUCCCAAGAUCAGUGAAGGUGUGGGGGUGGUGCAAGCCCUGGUGAUGCAGAGAGACUCCAGACUCACACGGGCUCUGGUGCCUGUGGGCAGUCUUCACAUCACGCUGCUGGUGACCCACUUGGCCAGUCAAGAGGAAGUAAACUUGGCGGCGUGUGCAGUGGCCCAAAUGAAGGCAGCGCUGCGGGACCUGCUGCGGGGGCGGGAGCUCAUCCUGCCCUUUCACGGCAUCGGACACUUCAGGAAUGAGGUGGCGUUCGUAGAGCUGGCUCAGGGAGAACACCUCGACACACUGGCCCAGAUCACAGGGAUUGUGAGGAAAACAUUUGAGGAGAAAGGCCUCUCGUCCGGCGACGGCAAAGCGUUCAAGCCCCACCUUACCUUCAUGAAACUGUCCAAAGCUCCUAAGCUACGCAGUCAGGGUGUGAAGAAGCUGGACCCUGAGCUGUACUCUGACUACGCUCAGCAUAAUUUUGGAGACGAGAGAGUGAUCAGGCUGGACCUCUGCUCAAUGUUGAAGAAAAAGACCCCAGAUGGAUACUACCACCAAGAGGCCUCCGUUACAUUCGAUCUUUUUCAGAGUGGGCCUCGGGCUGCUCGGACAAGUGUGAAGAGGGGUCCGGAGCCUGACGAUGAGGAGCUGGUGAGCCUGAGUAAGAGGCUGGUGGAGGACGCCGUGCUGCGGGCCGUGCAGCAGUACAUGGAUGAGACUCAGCACAACGGGGCCGCGUCAUCUGACCUGGCGCGGCCCUCAGACAACCUCAACAGUAACACUGUCAACACUACCACCACCGACACCAGCGCCAGCAGCAAAUGACCACAGACAAUUCCCCCAGGCAGCACUGGACACUAACCAGCCCAGGCAGGAACUCAGGCAGUCAGCCAGCCCAGGAGCCAAUGGGCAGUUGAGGGGUUUUACUAGACAAGGAAGGAGGGUUUUUGGGGGCAGGACACUGAAUUGAUUGUGGAAUCCCUAUGCAGCUUUUUGUGUAUCUUUAACUCUGUCACCCACUACUCUCAGCAGUCUCCCUCCACACAAGCCUCUGUCGUGUCUGUCUGUCUAACUGUCUGACUAGUUUGGACCUUCAUUCUUUCCUCCUAUAAAGAAUUUCCCUUUUGAAGGAAAUUGCUGUUCUGAUUUAUUGGCUGCCAAAGGUCGCCCCAACAUUCAGAGUGGAACUGACGUGUCACGACACACACUACAGACUGAUCUGGGACCUGAGGUUAGGUUGGGCUAAACCUCGGACCUCCACAAGGUGCGGUCACUGCAAAGACAAUCACUGUCUUUCUACUAAAGCUAAAACAAAACAUCACUACAAAAUGAACUGCAACUCAAAAACUUGAGACCAAGGGAAUUGAGCUGGACUAUGCAGUUAGAAAAUAUGCUGUGAACUAUGUUUACGUGAUCCUGUCUCAUCUGUGCUGUAUGUGGUUAAGACGUGAAGGGUAAAUUAAGAGUGGGUCCCAUGUCCUACCUGUGGUAAAAAUCUGCUUUUUAAAAUCUAAUGAAUAUACACAGCCAAAAAGGUUGACCUACCGGCGAUGAGGAUCACAUUGGGUGUCUGUGAGUUUGUUUGUGUGUGUGUUUUGUUUGUCCCCUGUAGAAGAGGCUGGUUGAUGCAGCAGGCCUGGUUGGGAAGCCCCUUCACACUCAGAACCAGUGUCCGUCUCAGAAACUACAGGACAUAAAGGAGCUUUUAUCCCAGCCAGCUGUCCAGGCUAGCAUCCGCCGGAAGAUAUCUGGAGGACAGAGUCCAUCUGCAUCUGACUGACUGAACACUCCCAGUGCCCGCCUCCAGGACGGAGACAGCACCAAGGAACUUCACAUACUGUAAGAGUAGGUUACUGUACUACACAGGAGAGAGACACCACAGUACAAACACAACAGAAAGUACAUUCAGUUGUCAUAGUGGAAGGUUUUCUGUAUGAUAAUAUUAUUUACAUUUUUUCUUUUUAAGAUGUAUGUAAUUUUGAAAUGAGUAGAAAAAAAAUAGUUGGCUGAAAAAAGGACAACUGAUGAAUUUCAGUUUUUAUUUUACAUGCGGUUAGUGAAGGAGAUGCUUAAAUUACCACAUCCGAACUGGCCUUAAUAAUGACUGAAUUGAAGUAGACCUUGAUUUAUUAUUACCUUGCUCUUGGAGGCUUGUGUUUUGUUUAUGUCUAUGUUCAGCUUUUGCAUAAAUUCACCAGAACCUUAACAUAUGCUUUGUGUCACAGAUGUGUCAUGGGAUGCUACAGCAUUGUCUGCUGCCUUGCUUAUGGUCUCCACAGUCUAAAGGUUGUUCUAUGUACCAGGUCUGCUAGAUGUCAACGACAGUUUUGUGUGUCAUGUCUAGCCACAAUGAACAAUAAAAUUUUAAGAAAUCAAGAUAUGAAAAUCGAUCGAACA